AUGCAUGGAUAUCAGUGUUGUGGUUAUCAGGUUUGGCCUGCCAAGUAAAAUAAUUAGUUUGGCCUGAAGAAUGGUCAUGAUGCGUCGUGCCAUUGAAGAUCAAUGCAAGUAGCGAGCGGUGUUUACGCAGUCGUUGCGGACAUCAAAUAGUUACAUAGUCAAUGCUUUUGCUCAUAAUAAUAUUAUUAUUGCAAGAACACCUGCAACGUUACGUCCUAGAUAAAGUGCUGUGAGAACCCUAGAAGAAAUGGCAGCGAAGAGACCCACUGAAGUAGCUGCUGGAAUUCCCUUUGAAGCUGUAUGCUCUCUUUGUGAGAAGAUCUGCAAAGUCAGUGGAACUGAUAAGAAGAAGGAUUUGGUGAAGAAUUUCUUCAGCAAAUGGAGAGAGCUGCACAAGUCUCUUCAUGGUUCUACCAAAGUGGAUGACAGCCUGUAUGCUGGCAUGAGAUUGUUACUACCUCAAUGUGAUCGAGAUCGUCUGCCGUACGGAAUGAAAGAGGUGACUCUAGCUAAGUACUACAUCGAGAUCAUUGGCCUGGGCAAAGACAGCCCGGAUGCACAGAAACUGCUGCAGUACAAGGCUCCCAGGUCUGCCAAAUCGAAUGCCGGUGACUUUGCCAGUGUGGCAUUCUUUGUACUACAGUAUCGGUGUGAAGCCAAGGGAAGUCUGUCUUUAGCUGAUGUCAACCGGUAUUUGGAUGACAUUGCCAACGGCAGCACAACCAAAGACAAGGCGGCAGUCAAACAAGCACUACAGCAGAUGUUGCGCAAGACCACUGCCUUGCAGCAGAAAUGGCUCAUUCGUAUAAUCUUGAAAGAGCUGAAGCUUGGCCUGAGCGAAACGUCCGCGUUCAAAGUGUUUCAUCCUGAUGCUGAAGAACUGUACAAUGUCUGUAACAACUUGAAGAAGGUUUGUGAAGACCUUCAUGAUCUGUCCACUCGUCUAGAAGGCACUGAUGUCUCCCUGUUCUCUGCGUUCAAACCAAUGUUAGCCAGCAGACCACAGAUGACCCAGGUGCCCAAGUUGAUGGGAAACAAGCCGUUUGUUGUGGAGACAAAGUAUGAUGGUGAUCGUAUUCAACUACACAAGGAUGGUGAUGUGUAUGCAUACUUCUCACGAAAUGCAAAGGAUUACUCGGCAAACUUUGGUGCCAGUUCCACUGAAGGCUCUUUCACGCCGCACAUACACGGUUGUUUCUCGUCUGGAGUGAGGUCAUGCAUACUGGAUGGUGAGAUGGUGGCCUAUCAUCCCCAGAGAGAAUGUUUCAUAUCCAAAGGGCGCAAUGUUGAUGUCAAGAAUGUUGGCUUUGCUCAAGGCGGAGGUGGCUCAGCAGCCCCCGAUGGUGCCCAACAGUGUUUUGUGGUUUAUGAUGUCGUCUACUUGAAUGGGAAAAGUCUCACGGGCAUCCCGUUCAGUGAGCGGACGAAGCAGUUGCCGAAAGUGUUUGCACCAGUGGCAGGACGACUGCAGAUCUCUGAACAGAAGCUAAUGAGUACAAAAGAGGAGCUGACAAGUGCUCUGAAUGAUGCUAUUGAUCAGCUGGAAGAAGGUCUGAUGGUCAAAGAUCCAGAGUCUAUCUACAAGCCAGACAAGCGCAAUGGUAGUGGCUGGUUCAAAAUCAAGCCCGAGUAUGUAGACAGUCUAAGUGAUCAGCUAGAUCUUGUGAUUGUGGGAGGAUUCUUUGGGAAAGGACGGAGAGGUGGCGGUGGAGGCCCAUCUCAUUUUCUUCUUGCGGUGGCCGAGCCUUGCUCGUCUGGACACCCGACAGUCUUCCAGUCGUUCUGCAAGGUUGGUUCAGGCUACUCUCACAAAGAACUGUUUGAUUUGAACAUGCAACUGAAGUCGUACUGGAAAGAUUUCAAUGAUGCUCGCCCACCACCAUGGCUUCAGCUUCAAGGCAACAAGAUGAAGCCGGAUGUAUACAUUGAACCCAGCAAGUCUAAGAUUGUGCAGGUCAAGGCAGCUGAAAUCAUCACUUCUGACAAAUUUCGCACCGGCUGUACUCUGCGAUUCCCACGGAUGGAUAAGAUACGCGAUGAUAAGGAGUGGCAUGAAUGCAUGACUGUAGAUGAGCUGCAGGCAUUGAAACAGUCUGGCAGUGGUCGUCUUGUGUCUCGCCACAUCGACAGUGGGGAUGAGAUUGAUGACGAGUCUCCCAAGAAGAAGAAGCGUGCAGUGGUACGCGUGGAGAGACCGCGCACCGUUGCCAUGCAUUUCCAAGGAAUCAAUGUCGGAGAUGUCACAGCUGUAUCAAAAAUGUUUGCUGGUCUGGAAUUCUACGUUGUCAAUGGCCCCGCUGACUUUUCUAAAGCUGACGUUGAACGUGAAAUUGCUGCACAUGGUGGAAAACUGGUGCAGAGUCCAACGGACAAGACAUUCUGUGUGCUGGCAGACCGGAUAGUGGCCAGAGUACGGAGUGUGAUCAGUAUGGACACGUAUGACGUGGUUCAGUUGUCAUGGCUACGGGCAUGUUUGGAUGGUAAGAAGUUACUCCCGUUCCUACCCGGUCACAUGUUACACUCAUCACCGUCCACAGCUAGCAAGUUUGCGGAGGAGUUUGACCAGUAUGGUGAUAACUUCACCGAGGAUAUCACCGAAGAGCAGAUGCAUACUGCGUUUCAAACUAUUGGAGAACAGAGGCAUGAUGUGGCUGUGUCACAAGAUGAGAUUCUGGAGAUUGAGCAGCGCUAUCUUGGAGAGGCCUCAAGCACUGGUCUGCUGCGCGGACUGAGGUUCUACGUGGACAAAUGUGCUGCUAUUGGCCAGUGUGAUACGCUCUUAUCCACCUCUCCACUGCGGUUGACAGAACUGGAGAUCCGUUUCCAUGGCGGUGCUGUCAGUGAUAAUGUGGACGACAAUGUCAGUCAUGUCGUUUGCCAUGAAAGUGACCUAAGCCGACUGGCAGGCCUGAAUGAGAUACGCCGUGGACGCAAGCGCAAGUUUCACUGUGUCACGUCCGACUGGGUUCAGCAAUGUAUCCAUUCCAAGGCACUGACUGAGGAGAGACCGUUUGCCCCUUCUGCUUGAUGGCUUCUACUUGAUGGCGCAGAUAAGGUAUUUGUUUUAGAAAGUACAUAUUUCUAUGCAAAGCCGGUAUUGCCGUAUGGAAAAUAAGCACUUUUUCUUCACUAUUAUUAACAUAGGUUUGGCCAUCUUGUUUGUACAGAGAUCCACAGUGUCCACAGUGUACAGAGUGUCCACAGUGUCCAGGGAAAUGAAACGGCCGUUUUUCUAUUCCUCAUUUUUGGCGCUGCUGGCAUCCACAGCGGAUUUCUUAUAGGAUUUUUUCAUUACCCUUCAUAGUAGAUCAAAUCAGUAACAAUUCUGGUUGCUGGCGAUUCAGAAACAACAUUUCACACUUUCCAUUUUGAGAAUUGUGCUUCCUGCUGCCCACAUCCCUCCCUCCAGGUUCUAUCUCAUCUGAUGCGUUUGAUGCAUUUGUUUGCCGCCAGUAUUACCUUCUGAUCAUGCCGUAAUGUGAAAUUUUAGAUUUUCUCCGGUAGAAUUUUCCGGCUUUGUUUCUUCUCGGAAACACAGCCAUCAGCAAGCAAAAAAAAAGAAGCUGAACUGUGA